AUGUCUCUCGUGCUUGCAACGAAUGCCGAAGGCGACGUUGCAAGUGUGAUGGAGGCCAACCCUCGUGGGCGCCAGUGCUCGUGGAGCAUGGAAAACGAUGCUCGACGCCCCGCAACAAAGCAGCUCGUUGAGAGCUUACAUACUAAGAUACAGAUGCUCGAGGCAGAAUUAGCUCAGCUCAAAGGGCGCCCAGAAGUGGGUGGGGGAGAUAGGGAUGCCUCAGUACCACUCGAACACACAACGAUGUUUCCGUCCGAUCAAGGGGCUGUAGUAACAGCAGAGCGCAAAACAGAAACUUCCGGCGUUUAUAUCGAAGUCACGGCGAUGUAUCGAUAUAUCUUUGACAUUGACGCAGGCAUCCCAGUCUAUGAUCAGCAGAGGGAUGUAUACCUGAGCCUCGUUUGCGAAUGGAACCGUCACUUGCCACAACUGCCUUACUUUACUCGUUUGGAACACGACACCAUCCUAUCUCGCUGCUUCAAGUAUGGUGUUGCGUGGCUCCAUUGCAUGAUUACUGAAAUGUUUUUACAUAACAUGCUUUACGCACUCGCACCUGAGUCUUCAAACUCUACUGUUGACGACCAACUGCGGCUUCAACACUAUACUCCAAUGCUUCACUGCGCCUUAAUCGCUUACGCUGCAGCAUUUUCUGACAACGCAGAGAUACGGUCCCCUUCCUUUCGUGGCAGGUUUGCCCAGCAUGCGAAGCAAUGGUUGGACUAUGAGUUUGAGAGGCCUGUUGCGGCCUUACCAAGGGCUCUAGCACUACUAGCGGAGUAUCAUUGUGCUGUUGGAGAGCAAAGUGCUGGAUUCAUGUAUAUGGGCAUGAGCAUUCGCGCCGCCCGAUCGUUGGUCCCCAGGGAUGAUGAAUCCUUGGCCAAUGAAGUCGCAGUAGUACUCCCCACAGCCCUGGAACUUAAGCAUCAGUAUGACUUGCCAGUCCCUUAUCCUGGUGUGGCGCUUCCGUCAACGAGCACAGAGUUCGACAGCCAGCCGUGGUCAGAUGGUCUCGCUGGAUACCCGCCACGUCUAAUUACGAAGACGUUCCUCAACAGUUGUAAGCUUAUGGUGAUAGCAAGUAGCAUCAUUGAACUAUUAUAUGAUAGCGAUCAAGGCGAUUACAAUGAACGGGCAGUGAUCGACCUUCAUCUCCGACUAGAUACAUGGUUCAACGAGCUACCGCGAGAGUUACUUGUCUGGGCCCGGUCGACCUCUCCUAUUCCGCACCCUCUUUAUGAUCGACCAAAACUAUCGGCAGAGGAUUCCGAGAGGCCAUCUAUUUCGAGCGACGACUCCGGUCAUGGUACAACUGGGGGUCCGAUUCAUGAUUUGAGCACAAAAAUGGUGGAACGCGCGACCCACAAAAUUGUACAGUUACUUCAGCUAUUUGAUGAACAGCACGGCAUGAAGUUUUUCCCAAGGAAUAUGGUACACGUCAUCUACGAAUGUGGUAUAGUCCUUCUCAAAGAGGCUGCACACACACCACCAGGUGCAACAAAGAAAAGAGUGGCCGCGGUUAAUGCUUGUCAUAUGUGCCUGCACGCAUUAAGGGGUGCUUCGAAGACUUGGCUGUGGGCCGAACAUCUAGCAGGAAAAUUGGAGGAAGAUAUGAAAGUAGCCCGAGCGAAUACUGCAUCGCAGCCUCUUCCCGCCGAAUAUUUCGUCCCGGACACAGAGCGUAGCCAAACGGGGGACAGCCUUCAUCCAUUCUUUCACGUCCGGGAAACUGUAGACAUUCAGAACUCUACAAGAAGUGAUUCAGUAAACCAACCUCCAAGACAACAAAGCAAUUCGCCUAAAACAAUACUAUCAACGAGCUCACUAGGAUUGGACUUAUCAGCGCUCCACCAACAAACCUUGGCUGAUCCCGCAACCAUCGAAGAUCUCGAGGAGAUGGUGGGACACACACACAAAGACACCGGAGCAAAUUUGAGCGAUGAGCUACCAUUUUUAGAAACACCAGCGAGUUCUACGGCCCUUUACCCACUACCCCAACAUUCUCCACAAGGAGGGAAUGUAGAGAUAUGGGGUCACUACAUGUUUUGA